CGACUGUAUGCAAAACAGAACAAAAUAUUAUGUAAAGUGAUUAGGCUAUUCAGGAAACAAUCUAAACUCCUAAGCAGUACUAACUGUACUAAGAAAUGGCGUCUCGCUUCAGCGGUGCCCUCCAACUCACCGAUCUAGACGAUUUCAUUACUCCGUCGCAGGAAUGCAUAAAACCAGUUAAGAUUGAGAAGCCAAAAACCAAAACUGGUGCCAAAAUCAAGAUAGGUGCCGAUGGAUACUUUGAUAUCAGUGAAGGGAGGGAGCAGAAGCUUCAAAAGGUGGAGAUCACGUUGGCUGACUGUCUCGCCUGCAGCGGAUGCAUCACUUCAGCGGAGAGUGUGUUAGUCACACGGCAGAGUCAGGAGGAGUUGCUAAAGGUGUUCUCGGAGCGCAAACACACAGACAGCAAAGGCGUGACUCAAGACGUGAGCCUGAUCGUGAUCUCCCUGUCGCCGCAACCCGUGCUGUCGCUCGCAGCGCGAUACAAAUUGGAGCCCGAAGAGGCGGCUAGCAGAUUAGCAGGUUACUUCAAGAAGUUAGGUGCAGACUUGGUCCUCGACAUGACGGUGGCUGAAGACUUGGUACUUCUAGAAGCGCAGCAGGAGUUCCUCCAGCGCUACCAGAACCAGCAGCACGAGCCCACGGCGCGCCAUCUGCCCAUGCUCGCUAGCUCCUGCCCAGGCUGGGUAUGCUACGCCGAAAAGACCCACGGUUCCUUCAUCCUCCCCCACAUUUCGACCACCAAGUCCCCGCAACAGACCAUGGGCUCGCUCGUGAAGCAACUGCUCGCGUCGCGCCGCGAGGUGAGCCCCGGCGAGGUGUACCACGUCACGGUGAUGCCGUGCUACGACAAGAAGUUGGAGGCGUCCAGGGAGGACUUCUAUAGCGACCUCACCAACUGCCACGACGUCGACUGUGUUAUUACUGCUAUCGAGUUGGAGCAGAUGUUGGGCGCGGGCGAGCUGGGAGACGCGCCGCCGUCGCCGCUGGACUGGCCGUGGGGGGAGCCCCCGGGCGCGGGGCUGCGCAGACACGUCGGCAGCGGCUCGGGGGGCUACGCGGACCACAUCUUCUUGUACGCUGCUGAACACCUGUUUGGAGAUACUAAGGCGGAGCUGGUUUAUAGGAACUUAAGAAACCCUGACUUUCGAGAAGUGACUCUCGAAAAGGACGGUGUAGAGGUUCUCCGGUUCGCUAUCGCCAACGGGUUCCGGAACAUACAGAACUUGGUGCAGAAGAUGAAACGCGGCAAGUCGCCGUACCACUACGUCGAGGUCAUGGCCUGCCCUUCAGGUUGCCUGAACGGCGGUGCGCAGGUGCGGCCCGUGGCGGGCGAGAGCGGCCGCGAGCUGGUGGCCCACCUCGAGAAGCUGUACCGGGACCUGCCGGUCUCCGUCCCCGCUGAAAACAAACUGGUUCGGAGGUUAUAUACUGAAUGGCUAGACGGGCGAGACUCGGACAAGGCGCGGGCGAUGCUGCACACUUCCUACCACGCCGUUGAAAAAUCCGACGUCGCGCUCAACAUCAAGUGGUGAAUUCAACCUUAAGGGUAAUGCGCUAAAGUCGUUUUUACCUUGAGACUGUUUCCGUCGUAGUUACAUCGCGUUAAAGUAAGUGAUAAUUUAUACUUUAAGCGUACAGUGCUAGAGUUCAUUUUACAUUGUUAUCCUAUGUACUAAUUUAAACCUUAAGCUUACAUCGUUAAACUCGUGUUUGCUUUGUAAGCUAAGUUAGCAAUAUUGUCAGAAUCACAUGAAAUGGUGAUUUCGACUUUAGGUUCUCGUGAUAAAGUCCAGUUUACUUUGUAAGUAGAGUGUUGACAAAGUAGCAAGGUUGUUUGUAUCAUAAAUGUGAUACCAAUUUGAUAGUAGCAGGAGCUACCGUGUGAUUGUUUUGAAUCCGCCACGACUAAAAUCGAAACUGUUUAUUAAAACAACACCUUGUGUUGACGUUUUAGGUACGGCCAUCAGAUGUAUCUGAGGGGCCGAAGUGCUCAAAAAUAUCUGAACAUGCACUCUAAUUCCUCGACAAUAGAAUAGAGGCGUGUGAUAGAACCUUGGCCAUGCCGAUAUAUAAACCGGGUGUAGCCCGUAACAUGAGCAAAGAAUUAAAACAUAGAUUGUACUCCUCAAACCGCGACUUUUUUGUUCAACAACUUUUAAAAAUUAUGAAGUAUUUAGACUCCCUAUUUUUCAUACAAAAUAAAUAUUAUCUUCAAUGGACGCCAUCGCCACGCCAUAUCAUUUGAUUGACGUUGCUUGUCACGUCUUAAACAUAACAAAAUUCGCAAUACAUUGCGUCUUAGAAUAAAAUUUAAAGUGUAUUAUAAAUCAAACUACAAGUUAUUUUUAAAAGUCGCUGAACUAAUAUUGGUCAGUAUGAGGAGUACAGCCUACGGUUUAAAUUUUUGCUCAUAUUAUAGGCCAGACCCGGUAUAUUUUUUUUAUUUACACAUCACAAAAAACAUAAAACUAAGAUGCGCCACAGAAACUUGUGAAAGUUUAUGCGUACAACUUGUGAAAGUAUAUCUGGCGGCGACUGUACAGAUUAAUUAUAAUUUUUAUUAUUGAUACUUGGAUAUCUCCCAGAGACAGUUUUUACUAUUUGAAAUUUAAUUGGAUGAAUAUUUAACUACUGACACCUAAUUUGAUGAUACUGUUUAAAGCUUUGAAAUAAAAUAGAGUUAGACCAAGGUA